AUGCUGACCAUCGUUUUAUUUUAUCGAUAUCUUAUAGAGAACGACAAAGGUACCCUCGUUGAUCUUUACAUCCCCCGACACUGUUCCGCUACCAACCGACUUAUCACCGCUCAAGAUCACGCUUCUAUCCAAAUCCAAGUAGCUGAUGUUGACGCCGAUGGAAAAGCCAUCAAAGGUCAAGGUACCACCAUUGCCAUCUGUGGUCGAAUCAGAGCUCAAGGUGACUCAGAUGACUCUAUCAACAGAAUCGCUACCAAGGAAGGUCUCCUCAAGAACGUUUGGACUUACACCCGUUAA